AUGGCUCUUGCAGCGACUCCAAUUGGCUCCUCUCCUUGGCUAGUUACAGGUGACUUCAAUGCCUCCCUUUUUUCGUACGAAAAAAAGGGUCCGGGCGCCUUUAAUCUUGGGUCUGCGUCUGAGUUCAAUGCGGCUGUGGAUGCUUGCAACCUGAUUUCAGUUCCUUCUCAAGGGCAUAAAUUUACUUGGACGAAUAACAGGAAGCGUGGGAAUGUUUUGGCAAUUCUGGACAGGUCUUUUUGUAAUGACGAAUGGAUAAACCACUUUCAUGACUGUACCCAGGAGGUGAUGCAGCGGUUUUCUUCUGACCAUUCCCCCCUGUGCAUUACCUCGGAUUCAAUGAUGAAACCUGCAAAUUGCCCCUUUCGCAUCCAACGAUUUUGGAUGGACCAUGAGGAAUUUAUGGAUGUGGUUAAUAAAUCCUGGAGUGAACCUGUGGAUGGCUAUCCUAUUUUUUCUCUUGCUCUUAAGCUGAAUCGCCUCAAGCCUAUUCUCAGAAGCUGGGCAAGAUCAGUGUUCCCAAACCUAGAUGCGGAAUUAAAAGCUGCAAAAGAUGAUCUUCAGCAAAUUCAAUCUCAGAUAGAUUCCUAUGGUAUUGAUGACCAUCUUUUUAAUUUGGAAGCUGAUGCUAAAUCCAGAUACUUGAAAGCUCUCCUUGACCAUGAAAAGCUAUGGGCAGAAAAAGCAAGAAAUAGAUGGCUCUCUCAAGGAGACCGAAACUCUAGAUUUUUCCACUUAUCUGCGAAAAUCAGAAGGGUGAAGAACUCGAUUCGCUCUCUUCAAAAAACUGAUGGUACUAUUACAUCAAGCAUGGAUGAUUUGGCUGUUCAUGUUGAGGAGUACUAUAAGGCUAUCUAUAAAGCCAGCCCCACCCUUGACCAUGGAUCGCUAUUGGACUGCAUUCCCCAUAUCCUUGACGAGCUUGACGUUAGAGGAUUGGAAGCCAUCCCAAAUGAUCAAGAGAUCAAGAAUGCAAUUUGGGACCUGGACCCUGAUAGUUCUCCAGGCCCAGACGGUUACUCUGGUGCUUUCUUCAGACAUUGUUGGGAGCUAAUUGGUUUUGAUGUUUGCCGUGCUGUGAAGAAUUUUUUCAGCUCUGGAACCCUUCCUAAAGGUAUCAAUAAUAGCUUCUUGGUUCUCAUCCCGAAAAUGGAAGGUGCGACUUCUCUGGACAAGUUUAGGCCGAUUUGCAUGCAAAAUUUUUUCUGUAAAAUUUUGUCCAAGGUUAUGGCUACAAGACUCUCUUCUCUCCUCCCUAAACUCAUUUCAGAAGAGCAAGGCGCUUUUCAGAAGGGCAAGGUUAUUCAGACUAAUAUCAGCCUCGCUUCAGAGUUAGCUAAUCUCAUGUUUGAGUGUUCAAGAGGUGGAGGUAUGGGGAUAAAAAUUGAUAUCCAGAAAGCCUUUGACACUGUAUCUUGGAGCUUUCUUUUCAAGGUCUUGAAAAAGUUUGGCUUCCCUGAUAAUUGGAUUGGUUGGUUGCACCAAAUUCUUCGUACAUCCAGAAUUUCAGUGUUGCUCAAUGGAGGUCCGGUUGGAUUCUUUGGUGUUGAGCGAGGCCUGCGUCAGGGUGACCCCAUCUCCCCUCUUUUAUUUAUCCUUGCCGAGGAGGUCCUGUGUAGGGGAAUCCGCCUUAUGCUUCAAGACAAGAAACUACAAGCCAUCAAGGGUCCUCGUGGUGUCCAAAUGCCAGGUUUUCUCCUCUUUGCAGACGAUAUUUUCUUCUUUUUAAAUGGCUCCAUCAAAUAUGUCAGACAUUUCCAUGACUUCCUUACAAAGUAUCAGCAGUUUUCUGGUCAACAAAUCAAUCUCAACAAAAGUAAACUUUUUCUGGGGAAGAUGUCUCUAGAUAGAAAGCAACUCAUCUCUGAUACCCUUGGAAUCUCCAUCUGCAAGUUCCCUACAAAAUAUCUGGGAGUGGAAAUCUUCAAGGGUAGAGUCACUCGUGAACCUCUCCUCCCGAGAUGGAUGCGGAAUUUCAUUUGGAGUGGCGAUCCUGAAACAGCCAAAGGAGUUACAGUUAGUUGGGACUCAAUCUGCAAGCCUAAACAAGAAGGAGGGCUUGGAAUUAGGCGUCUAAGGGAUGUCAAUAAAGCUCUUCUCUGUAAGCAGGUAUGGAAUAUAAGACACUCUUCAUCAGCCCUGUCCAGCAUUAUUAAUGCUCGAUUUUUGAAGAAAAAUGGGGAGCUUAAGAAAGGGUAUAAAUCUUCCACCAUUUGGCCAGGCCUUCGAAGAAUGUGGUCUCUUGUCUCUAGCAAAGAGCGAUGGGUGGUAGGUAAUGGGGUUUCUAUAAACUGCUGGAAAGAUAGAUGGGUUGACUCUGAAUCUUUUCAACAAAAAGCAGGUUUGAGAGAUGAGUUGUUUGCAUCUUCCUCCAUCACAGUUGCGGCCUUUAUUGACAAUAAUGAGUGGAACUUCCCCAUGGUUUCAUCUUCUCUUCUUCAAGAUUUUUUUCUAGCUGCUUCAACUAUCAAUAUCCCUAGAGGUAACAUAAAAGAUAAAUGUAUUUGGACCCUCUCUACCUCUGGUCAAUUCAGUACUUUCUCUGCCUGGAAUGAUAUUCGCCGCCGAAAUCCCAAGGAUCAAUCCUCCAUUGCUGAUUUGAUAUCCUGGUGGAAACGAAAGCGAAUAAUUUUGUUGGUAAAGGACCCUUGGGCGGCUGGUUUGAUUAUAGUGACCGACACUAUUUGGCAAGAAAGGAAUCAUCGAUGGCAUGGUGGUAAGAGUAGGGAUGCCUCUCUGCUAUUCAUGAAAAUAUUGAGAACACUUAAGGAGUCUAAUCUCAACUUAAAAGGGGUCAUUCGGACUACUGCUGAUCUUCUUUGCUGUAGGAAACUAGGGUUGCAUGCAGUUCCAGGCGACCCUCCCUCCAUUCUUGAAGUCAUUUGGUGCAAGCCUCCACUCACCUGGUCAAAGAUAAACAUUGAUGGUAGUUCUAUGGGGAACCCUGGUCGAGCAGGAGGUGGGGGCGUCAUUCGUGAUUCCAAUGGGAAAGUUAUAUUCUCCUUCAAGCAUUUCUUUGGCAUCAGUACGAACUACUAUGCAGAAUUCAUGAGUUUUCUUCAUGGUAUCCGCCAUGCAAUGGGUCAAAGGAUUACAAACCUGUGGAUUGAAUCUGACUCUGUGGCAGUAGUCAUCGAUGUUCAAGAAUGUAGAGCUCUUAUUGAGGGCAUUUUGACGGCGAAGGACAAAAAAGCGCUCUCCCUGUGGAUUGAAUCUGACUCUGCAGUAGUUGUUCUGGCAGCUCAGGCACGAUCCAUUCCAUGGUAUAUUUAUUAG